AUCGGCGGCGGUGGCGGCGGGCGCGCGGUUGGGCGUUCGGUUGCUGAGCAGCGCACGCAGGCGGGGGAGGGGCGCGCGCUGGUGGCCGCCGCGCGGCAGUCGGUGAGGGGCAGCGGGGACCGGCACCGGGCGGCUCCGUGGGGCGAUGUGAGAGCGGCGGCGACGGGCCCUGCCGCGCGCCCCCGGCCGCGCUCCCUUCGCCUCCCCUCGCUCGCGCCGUCCCUGCGGCAGCGGCGGCGGCUCCCGCCGGCCUCCGCGGCCGGGCCCCGCGUUAUGUCGUGAUCCCGGGCGGGCGGCGCUGCUGCUGCUGCUGCCGCCGAUGGGGCUGCUCAGGAUUAUGCUGCCGCCCAAGUUGCAGCUGCUGGCGGUGCUGGUGUUCGGGGUGGCCGUGCUCUUCCUGGAGAACCAGAUCCAGAAGCUGGAGGAGUCCCGCGGCAAGCUGGAAAGGGCUAUUGCAAGACAUGAAGUCAGAGAAAUAGAACAGCGUCAUACAGUAGAUGGCCCCCGACAAGAUGUGACACUGGAUGAAGAAGAUGAUGUGGUGAUUAUUUACAACAGAGUACCUAAGACUGCCAGCACAUCCUUCACAAAUAUUGCCUAUGAUCUUUGUGCGAAGAACAAAUAUCAUGUUCUACAUAUCAAUACAACCAAAAAUAAUCCUGUUAUGUCUCUUCAAGAUCAGGUCCGAUUUGUGAAGAAUGUGACUUCCUGGAAGGAAAUGAAACCAGGAUUUUACCAUGGACAUAUAUCUUAUUUGGACUUUGCGAAAUUUGGUGUUAAAAAGAAACCAAUUUACAUAAAUGUCAUAAGAGAUCCUAUAGAACGACUAGUUUCUUAUUAUUACUUUCUGCGCUUUGGAGAUGAUUACAGACCAGGGCUACGGAGGCGAAAACAGGGAGAUAAAAAGACCUUUGAUGAAUGUGUGGCAGCUGGAGGUUCAGACUGUGCUCCGGAGAAACUCUGGCUUCAAAUUCCAUUCUUCUGUGGCCACAGCUCCGAAUGCUGGAAUGUGGGAAGCAGAUGGGCUUUGGAACAAGCCAAAUACAAUCUGAUUAAUGAAUACUUCCUAGUGGGAGUUACUGAAGAGCUUGAAGACUUUAUCAUGUUAUUGGAGGCAGCUUUGCCCCGGUUCUUCAGGGGUGCCACAGAACUGUACCGUACAGGAAAGAAGUCUCAUCUUAGGAAAACAACUGAGAAAAAACUUCCCACAAAAGAAACUAUUGCCAAGCUACAACAGUCUGAAAUCUGGAAAAUGGAGAACGAGUUCUAUGAAUUUGCACUGGAGCAAUUUCAGUUUGUCAGAGCACACGCAGUUCGGGAAAAAGAUGGAGAAUUGUAUAUUCUGGCUCAAAACUUUUUCUAUGAAAAGAUUUACCCGAAAUCAAACUAAGAACACUAUAUUGUUAGAUUUCUGGACCUAAAUCUUUGGUCACAUCGUCAUCUUAGUCCUCAGCCAUGGAACCUAGAUUGCUUGUAGACCUCCAAGACGUUUCUUUAUAGAUCUGAGGAAAGUGGGCUGUGGAUCACCUCCAGGGCGUUGGAUACUGGCUAACUAUGUUGGUAAUCCAGAAGCAAAAGCUUCAUUUCUUUUAUCUAACUAGUACUUUCGGUGGGACUUAAUAUCCUUUACCUGAAGAAAUCUACACUUUAAUUCGGAGUAAUUAAUACACAGCAGUUCUAGUUGAAAAUAUAAACAAACAAAAAUGCUUCUGUUGAUGCUCUUUUUAAUUUUCAGAGCAAUUUAUUUUCAUUUAUACUUCUGUGAAGAGGAAAUCAUUUUUCCCAGCUUUCAACGUGGAAAUUUUGGUUGUAUACAAUAUGAGUAGUGUUAAUAACUGGUUGACAUCUGUGCUUUGUUUUUGUGAAUCAUGUCACAUGAUAUUAAUUGGGACGGUUAAUCAUGUUCUGCUGAGAAAUGCUGCUGCUGCUGCUGAAACUGCCCAUAUUUAUAUAUGUGGUUUUAUUAAAAAAUUACAACUAAUCAUAAGCGUUAAAACAUCAUUUCCACAUGAACGUUGUAAAAAGUUAAAGAAUCAAAGCAGUGGGGUUUUUGUUUUGUUUUUUAUCCCCACCACCACUGACUGAGGUUGGGAAAACUACAGAGAAAGUUGGUAUUGUCUCCAGUUCUAGUUGAUCUUUACACAGUGGUAUAAAAAUCGUAAAUUCAGUAUUAAGUUUCUCCAUGGAUUCUUUGUAAUAAUUGUAAACUGAGGUAUUGGUGAAUCCAUAUUAUGACUCCAUUAGUGAGCUGUGGUAUGGUUAGGGUUUUCCUACUACUUCGAUACUUUUACCUGUAGAAUAUUUUUACUAAGGUGCUUUAUAACGUGUUUUAAAGCAUUGCAUUUACAAAAGGAGUAAAAUGCUGUAAAUACUGCUUAUUUUAUGUAUUUGGACCAAAAGGUUUAAAGUAACUAGUUUAAAAUGGGUUUUUUGCACCAGUUCUGUUAUGUGUGAAGUGAAAAACAUCACAUCUACUUCCUGGUUUAACUGUUGGACAUUGCGGAAAUGCACCUCAGUGACCUCUCUGACUUCAAUACCAGAAUGUUGUCCAGGGAUUCUCUUUACAGAAAUGUGGUCUUCAUCCUUCUAUCGUGGUAAGAGGACAAGAAGAAAAGUGUCAUGUGUAGUCUGGUUGAGAAAGAUGCAGUGAACUUGAUUGACAUAAUUGUAUUUAUGUAACUGCCUUACGUGACUAUUGUAAAUUUGUGAGUUGCCAUUAUUAACAAUGUGAAACACCUGGUAGAUGAAGUAAAUUGAAAUUUGAGAACAGA